AUGUGUGGUCUGUUUCAGCCGAUAGGGCAGGUUCGGCUGACGAAUGUCGCCACUGUGCGCCUCAAGGUGGGAGGUUGCCGCUUUGAGAUUGCCUGCUACAAAAACAAGGUCCUCAACUGGCGCUCAGGCGUGGAAACCGACAUCCAGGAGGUCCUGCAAAGCCCGUACAUCUUCACCAGCAUUUCCAAAGGGAAACUGGCGAAAAACGACCAGCUUAUCAAGGCAUUCGGCACCAAGGAAGUGGAUGUGAUCUGCAAACAGAUCCUCGACAAGGGCGAGAUUCAGGUCAGCAAGGAGGAGCGGAACCAGCAGCUGCAGGCCACGUUCAAGGAUGUCGUCACCAUUCUCAGCGAGGUGGCCAUCAACCCGAAGACUGGCCACCCACUCACGAGCACGCUGAUCGAGAACACGCUAAAGUCAAGCGCAUUCAGCGUGACCCUGCGGGAGCCCGCGAAGAAGCAGGCGCUGAAGGCACUCGCCCACCUGCAGCAGCUGUACCCUAACGAAAUAGCUCGAUCGCAAAUGCGUCUCAAAAUCACCUGCACGGCGGGACAGAGGCGUGAAGUGCUGGGUUUUCUGAAGGCGAACAAUGCGUACAUCGAGAACGACGGGGCAUCUGGCGGCCAACGCAACAGCUACCCCCGGUCGCGGUCCAGCUCUGUAGCGAGUGACCAGUCUGAGGACACGACACAUGUCGCAUCUCAGAGCUCAGCUGAAGAUGUUCAUGAAAAGGCAAAGUCAAACGGUGAAGGUCGCUCUGGUGCCCGUAAUAAGGAGGGAAGCAGCAGCGUGGAAACCCGAGCGCACGGCGCCGUGGUGAACAUCAGGUUUCUCUGCUGCACGAAAAUAUAUCGCGAAAUCGACAGCUUCGUGACGCAUACGCUGCAGCCCCCCGGCUCGUUGCAGCUGGUCGCGUUAAAUGUGAAGGAUGCCGGGAACGUAGGCCUGUCAUCCUUGCAAAAUUUUUCGACGCAGACAUCUUCCGCAACCAUCAAACGCAGCGAUUCGACCCACGUCAAUGCCGUUAAAACUACGCAAGAAGGCGUCGCCGAGGCGUUGAAAAACCUCAGCAUCGAUUCCAAGGAAGACAAGUCAACAGCGUCCACACGUGACAACGCAGCGAGCAAGAAGCCCGCGUUUAAGUGCACAAACUGCAAGAUGCAUUUCGACAGCACGGCGGAAUACCGGGCACACUGCAAAUCUGAGCUGCAUGUAUUCAACAACAAGUUGACGCUUAAGGGCCUACCGCCAGUGUCGCCGCAGGAGUUCGAAGAGCUUGAGCUCUGUCGCAAGAAUACGUCGCUCACCUAG